GUCUCGUCAGUCACUUGGAAAAGGCUUUGUUCACAUCUCCCGCGCUGAAUUUCAAAAGAAGGGUGAAAAAAACCCUUCAUCCCUGGCAUAGGGUUUCAAUUCAGCAAGUACACAAUCUCCAUCAAAAAUUCUGAUUCUUUAUGAAUCGUCCAGAAAAAUGAGUGUUCCGAUGGACAUUUCCAUGCCAAAUCCCACUGAUUGCAACAUUAUCGAAGAAAAUGCCGUCGUUUCUGAGCUACCACUUGCCGCGGCAGCCUCCACGCCACCAAUAUUUAACGAGGAUAAAGUCCAGGUUUCAGUUGAAGUUGGCUUAAAACCCUCCAGCACUGCACGCAUUGAGGAUGUCCGCUCAGCCGUGGAAAGAAUGCUGGAAAAGAGAAGCAUGAGCUAUGUUGAUGGUACUGUUCCAAUUCCACUUGAUGAUUCCUUACUUGUAGACAAUGUUCAGCGGAUAUGCAUAUGUGAUACAGAUGUUUGGGUGGAAAAACAUGAUAUUCUAUUAUUCUGGCAAGUCAAACCCGUGGUGAAUGUGUUUCAGCUGAGUGAGGAUGGUCCAUGCGAAGAAUUAAGUGGGAAUGACCAAGAUUGUAGCUUCAAUGAAUGGAUUCUUCCAGCUAAGGAAUUUGAUGGCAUGUGGGAAAGCUUAGUUUAUGAAUCUGGUCUCAAGCAGAGGUUAUUGCGAUAUGCAGCAAGCGCUUUGCUUUUCACUGAGAAGGGUGUCAAUCCUUUCCUUGUAUCUUGGAACCGCAUUAUUCUUCUUCACGGGCCUCCAGGAACAGGCAAGACUUCUUUAUGCAAAGCACUGGCACAAAAGCUCUCAAUACGCUUUAGCUCCAGAUAUCCACAAUGCCAGUUGAUCGAGGUCAAUGCACAUUCCUUGUUCAGUAAAUGGUUUUCAGAGAGUGGCAAGCUGGUUGCAAAACUUUUCUCAAAGAUUCAAGAAAUGGUGGAGGAAGAAAACAAUCUGGUAUUUGUCCUAAUUGAUGAAGUUGAAAGCCUUGCUGCUGCUAGGAAGGCUGCUUUGUCUGGAUCUGAACCUUCAGAUUCUAUCAGGGUUGUCAAUGCCCUCCUGACCCAGAUGGACAAAUUGAAAUCCUCACCCAAUGUAAUAAUAUUAACAACUUCUAACAUUACUGCUGCUAUCGAUAUAGCUUUUGUCGACCGAGCAGAUAUUAAGGCUUAUGUGGGGCCUCCAACUCUCCAAGCACGUUAUGAAAUUUUGAGAUCCUGCUUGCAAGAGCUCUUACGGACUGGAAUCUUAUCUAAUUCUCAAGUUCAGGAUGGUGAUAGCCUCAUUCUUCCAAGUUUUGAUACUUUGAAAGAGAAGUUAAGCAACCCGGAAAUACCUGAGUUUGCAGCCCCAAUAAAUCUUGGUAAACAUUUGCUAGAAGCUGCAGAAGCGUGUGAGGGCUUGAGUGGAAGAUCGCUCAGAAAGCUUCCAUUUUUGACCCACUCCGCCCUUGCAAAUCCUUGGGGCUGUGAACCGGGUAAGUUCUUGAGUACGAUGAUGACAACAGCUAAACGAGAGCGUUCUGAGUUACCUGACUGAAUACGUAAAAUAUGAACUGAUCUCACAGUCAAAGGCAAGAUUGUAGUUCAAGACGAAAUUUUAGAUAUUUGCAAAGGCUUGUUCAAUUAACUUAUAGAAGUGUAGUCUUUUAUAUGAAUUAGAACACAUUCUUGUACUAACCUUCUAAGGUACAGGGAUUCUCCAACGGUGUUCCACCAUAUAUGAUAAGGACAUUAUAAAAGAAGUUAAAAUUUGUUUAUUAUGCCA